GAAAAGUAAGAAGCAAAAUGAAACCUUUCCAAAGUGUCUGUCUUUUUAAGAGCCUGCUUGCCAAUUCCUACUGUCACGGUCAACUUCACAGCCGUCUUCUCCCUCCUGUUGCAAAGAAGAUAAGUUAUGUGGUGGGACUGCACAACUGUGGAUUUUGGAGGCCAAAAUCUUUGUUGGACACGGCUAGAUUCACUCUGCCUUUUAACAGUCGGCAUAGGAAAAAACAUCAGGAUUCUCGAGGAUUGUGGAAACAUGAGGCUGUGCAGAAGUAUCUGGAGACUCUAAGCAAGGAAUACCAGCAGGUUAGUCGUCUGUUAAAUGCUGACUCAAUAAAUGACUUUGAGCAAAGAACCCUGAAGAGAAGAUGUGCCGAUCUGUCCCCCAUUGCAGCUGCAUUUCAAGAAAUCAAAGAGGCUGAAAGGGAAGUUCAGGAGUUAGAAGCUAUGUGCAGAGAGCUAGACAGCAGAGAUGAGAAACAACUUCUAGAGCUUGCCUUAGAAGAGAAGGAAACCCUGGAUAAAAAAAUCAACAUGCUGUGCAGAAAGCUUUUCCAGCUUCUAGUGCCAAAGGAAAAAUAUGAUAGAAGUCAUGUCAUAUUAGAAGUGACAGCUGGCAGAACGACUGGAGGAGACAUCUGCCAACAGUUCACUAAAGAAAUGUUUGAGAUGUACCAGAACUAUGCAGACUAUAAAUGUUGGACCUUUGACAUUGUGAACUAUACGCCAGCUGAGAUAGGUGGGUUGCAUCAUGCCGCUGCUCAUAUUUCAGGAGAUGAUGUCUACAGGCACCUAAAAUAUGAAGGAGGGACUCAUCGAGUCCAGCGAAUCCCUGAGACGGGCCUAUCGUCAAGAAUGCAGCGUAUUCACACUGGGACAAUGUCAGUUAUUGUCCUCCCUCAACCAGAGGAGGUUGAUGUUAAAGUGGAUCCCAAAGAUUUGCGUAUAGAUACAUUCAGGGCCAAAGGAGCAGGAGGGCAACAUGUUAACAAAACCGAUAGUGCUGUGAGAAUUGUACACCUUCCCACAGGACUAGCAGUUGAGUGCCAGCAGGAGCGAUCACAGCUUUUGAACAAGGAAAUAGCUCUGCGGACACUGAGAGCAAAGCUGUACCAGCAGGUCAUUGAAAAACAACUAAGUCAAGAGCAGAGUGCCAGAAAACUGCAGUUGGGAACAAGAGCCCAGUCAGAGAGAAUUCGUACUUAUAACUUCACCCAGGACAGAGUCACUGACCACAGGAUCUCGUACGAUGCACGCAAUAUCAAGGAAAUUCUAAGUGGGAAAGAAGCUCUGGAUAAGCUAAUCAACAGACUACUGGAGUUUGCAGAGAUAGAGGCUGUCACCGAAUAUCUAGAAAAUUUACAGGCUUUAGAAGGAGGAGGCUGCUGAAGGCCUUGUGUAGAGUUAAAGCAGAAAUGUUGUGUUCUGUAGCAAAAUGAAAUGGAUGCAUUUGUUAGAUAUAGAUGGAUUAAAAUCCAUGCCUCUGUUUUUCA